CUCUCUAUGUUUGGCGAGGGGCGGCGGAGCCUGCAGCAGCAUCAGUGGCUGAGGAGACCGCGGGAGCCGCCGCCGCCGCCGCGCCUGAGGCACAAAGGGAAAGCGUCGGGCGCUUGGAGGACUCAAGAGCCUGUUGGCCUGAGGGUUGUGCAUGUCCUUUUUUACUUUGCUGAUCAUACCUGCUACGAUUCCGAUGCUCACCAUCAGGAUUUUAUUUGAAGCUGAACUCGCAAGAACACAUGAAGUUGCCAUGUACUGAGUCAAAUCACUGGCCUUUCAAGCUCUGUAUAGUCUACUCUGAGUGGCAGAGGCUCUCCAAGGUUUCAGGGGCGCAUACAGUGCUAAUUUUUUUUGUGUAAAGGACAUAGUACUAUGGAUAUGGAAGGAUUCCCUCCCCCACCACCCUCUGAAGUUUUAGAAGAUGCAUUAACAGCCAGUGCUACCAAUGAAGAGGAGGAAGAAGGAGAACAGUUUGAUUUUGACAGUGGAGAUGAAAUACCUGAAGCGGACAGACAAACUAUUCUGCCACCUAUUUCUGGUUCUCGGAAUAACACAGAUCAUGAAGAGAUGAAUUCUACAGGGUCUGUAGAAAAUGUAGAAGGAACUGAGAAAACGCAGAGAACUGAAGCCAAUUCAGAGGGGGCUCUACCAAGGGUAAACCCCUAUUCUGUCAUAACCAUUUCACCAAUGCAAGAAAAGGAGCCAUCAUUGUCACCAGAGCCAAGUCCUCAAGAUGGAAGUAUAAGCCCUAGUCUGUCAGGAGGAUAUUCUGUCCCUGUGCCUUGUGGCUAUGCCGUGCCAUCAAAUAUACCACUGAUUCUGCCAGCAUACUCCAGUCCUGUUAUAAUUCGUAACAUAUCUGUGGAUGAAGAAGCAAAUGUUCAAGUACUAGCUGAAGACUGUCAUUUAAAUUCCCAGAGCUCUGAGGAUCCACAGAACAGUGAAGAUAAUCAGGGGAAUAAAGAUGACAGUGCCUUAGUCAAAUGGGCCGCUGAUCCUGCCAACACUGAGUGGAUGGAGAAUGCAGAUGAGGUAAUAUAUGAUGAUGUACCAAGAGAAAAUUCAGACUCUGAACCAGAGGAGAUGAUUUACGACGAUGUUGAGAAUGGCGAUGAAGGUGGAAAUAGCUCUCUAGACUAUGGGUGGAGUUCAAGCGAGUUUGAAAGCUACGAAGAACAAAGUGACUCCGAGUGUAAAAAUGGAAUGCCAAGUUCCUUUCUGCGAGGCAACCACAGAAGACAACUUUCUCAUGACCUAACGCGUUUAAAGGAGCACUAUGAAAAAAAGAUGAGAGAUUUGAUGGCAAACACGGUGGGAGCGGUAGAGAUUCAGCAACUAAGGCAAAAACAUGAGCUGAAGAUGCAAAAGCUCAUGAGGGCUGCCAGGGAAGGCACCAAAGACGGUCUCGAAAAAACUAAAGCUGCUGUGAAGAAAGGUCGAUCGUUCAUUAAAACAAAGUCAUUUAUUAGUCAGGAUCACAGAUCAACUUUUCUGGAAGAAGAAGAGCUAUUUAUUGAUGUAGACUGCAUGCACACAGAGGCAAUCAUGACUCCAAUGCCUGAUGGUUUAUCACAACAACAGGUUGUGAGAAGAUAUAUUUUAGGUGCUGUCCUUGACAGUGAGAAGAACUACGUGGAUGCUCUCAAAAGGAUUCUAGAGCAAUAUGAGAAGCCGCUUUCAGAGAUGGAACCCAAAUUACUGAGUGAAAGAAAACUAAAGAUGGUCUUUUAUCGAAUUAAAGAAAUUCUUCAGUGCCAUUCAAUGUUUCAGAUUGCUCUGGCCAGUCGUGUCUCUGAGUGGGAUUCUGUUGAAAUGAUUGGAGAUGUUUUUGUUGCAUCAUUUUCCAAAUCUAUGGUACUAGAUGCUUACAGUGAAUAUGUAAACAAUUUUAGCACGGCAGUGGGGAUUCUUAAGAAAACAUGUGCCACAAAGCCUGCCUUCCUUGAAUUUUUAAAGCUUUGCCAAGAAUCUAGUCCUGAUAGAAUUACGCUAUAUGGCUUAAUGAUGAAACCCAUACAACGUUUUCCUCAGUUCAUUCUUCUGCUACAGGAUAUGUUAAAGAACACUACUAAAGGGCACCCUGACAGGCUGCCUCUGCAGAUGGCUCUCACAGAGCUUGAGAUGCUGGCAGAGAAGCUGAAUGAAAGGAAAAAGGAUGCAGAUCAGCGCUGUGAAAUAAAACAGAUAGCAAAGGCCAUGAAUGAGCGCUAUCUAAACAAGUUACUUAGCAGUGGGAACAGAUACCUCAUACGAACUGAUGAUAUGUUGGAAACUGUUUACAGCGACCGAGGGGAAAUAGUCAAAACCAAAGAACGACGACUGUUCAUGUUAAAUGAUGUAUUAAUGUGUGCUACAGUACAUGUUCGUUCUUCCCAUGAAAGCAGCAGCAUUGUGACUGGCCAAAGGUAUUUGCUAAAAUGGAGUGUGCCCCUUGGACAUGUGGAAGUUAUAGAGUAUGGGAGUAAUGAUGGUCAAGCCGACAACUGUAGAUUCCCUCCACAGCAUUCCUCUGAGAAUAUUGUUGUUAAUCCUAAACCAAAUAAGCUUUAUAUGGGACCAGGACAACUGUACCAUGAUUUGCAGAACCUCUUACAUGAUUUGAAUGUAGUUGGCCAAAUUAGUCAACUGAUAGGCGGCCUUAAAGGACAGUACCAGAAUUUAAAUCUAUCAGUGGCACACGAUUGGAGUUCGGGUUUACAAAAACUUAUAUUGAAAAAAGAAGAUGAAAUCCGAGCUGCAGACCGCUGUAGGAUUCAACUUCAGCUUCCAGGGAAGCAGGACAAGUCCGGGCGGCCGACUUUCUUUACAGCCGUGUUCAAUACUUUCACCCCUGCAAUCAAACAGUCUUGGAUCAACAAUUUACAAAUGGCUAAGCUUGCUUUAGUUGAAGAUAAUAUAUUGGGUUGGUUCUGCAUAGAAGAUGAUGGGAAUCAGAUAAAAAAAGAGAAGCAUCCUCUUCUUGUAAAACAUAUGCCUGUGAUGAUGGCCAAACAACAGGAGUUUAAGGUUGAAUGUGCUGCUUAUAAUCCUGAGCCUUACUCGUGUGAAGAAGGUGAUCCAGAUUCUCUUUCUACAGAACAUGGUUUUCUGUGGAUUGGCAGUUGUACUAAUCAAAUGGGCCAAAUUGCCAUUGUGUCAUUUCAAAACUCCAGCCCAAAAGUUAUUGAAUGCUUCAAUGUAGAAUCGCGAAUUCUUUGCAUGGUCUACAUUCCAGAAGUGGAGAAAUGUAAAGGAGGGGAAGCGCCUUCUGAUCUUGAAGAUGUGCCGGCAAAACCUUCCACUGUGCCUACCAUUUGCCUUGGCAUGGAAGAAGGAAGCAUCUCCAUUUACAAAAGUAGUCAAGGCUCAAAGAAAGUCCGACUUCAACACUUCUUCACUCCUGAAAAAUCUACUGUCAUGAGUCUAGCAUACAAAUCCUGUUAUCUGUUCGUCGGCCUUGUCAAUGGCAACAUUGUCAUCUACACAAAAUCGGAAGAUGGAGCCUGGAACUCAGAACCUCAGAAAGUAGUGAAGCUGGGUGUUCUGCCAGUAAGAAGUCUCCUUGUCAUGGAAGAAACCAUUUGGGCUGCUUCCGGUGGACAAAUUUCUAUCAUUAGUACUGAGACACAUGCUAUAGAGUACCACUUUGAAGCGCAUCAAGAGGAAGGGAUGGUGAUUUCUCAUAUGGCUGUGGCAGGAGUUGGAAUCUGGAUUGCCUUCACAUCAGGAUCUACACUUCGCCUUUUCCAUACGGAAACCCUUAAGCACCUCCAAGAUGUGAAUGUUGCUACUCUUGUUCACAAUAUGUUACCAGGACAACAUCGUGUUUCGGUAACCAGCCUCUUGGCAUGCCAUGGCCUCUUAUUGGUUGGAACAAAUCUAGGGAUUAUAGUGGCACUCCCAGUCCCUCGUUUGCAGGGAAUCCCAAAAGUAACUGGAAGGGGAAUGGUCUCUUACCAUGCACAUAAUGGCCCAGUUAAGUUCCUCAUAAUGGCAUCCGUGACAAACAAGCGAAGCAAAAGCAAAUCAAGGCAUAGUCCAAGUCGACCUCAUUCAGCAUCGAAAUAUGAUGACCAAAAGAAUGUUCUCCACAGUGAGCAACCUGGUUCCUCCUUAAGCAACGCAGAUGACAAUCCUGUAUGGCUAGGGGAUUCUGUAGGAUCUAUUGCUCAAACAAGUGACAUGUCUUCAUCUUCAGGGUCGCUAACAUUAUCUCAUGGAUCUACCACCACUGAACAUAGGCCCGAGGAGAGCACUAUCUAUGAGCUUUUGAAAGAUGUCUCUCUUAAUCAAAGUAAAAAACGUAGAUCCAAAGAAGGGAAAGCAAUCUCUGUAUUGGUCAUCUCUGGAGGCCAAGGGCACAGAAGAGUGAACAAAAAGUCUAAGCCACAGCGACCGGACGAAUUAGUUUCCUCUGUGAUGAUUUGGCAGAUUCCACUAUUAAAUAUCUAAAAUCAUGGUACACUGUGACUCUGUAAAAGACAUCUGCUUUAGUUCCAAAAGUCUAAAUUCAUCAUGAUGAUCCCUCUUCAAAAGAGAAUUGUGGUAGUACUGUCAUCUCAAAAUGAGUUCUAAGCUAACAGCCCACCUUUGCAAAGGUCAACUCAUGAUUAGUUAUGUAGAUGUCAAUGAGACUGAUUGUUCAGAUACAGCCUCUAAAGAUAUCCCAAGACCUCCGUUUAAGAACUCUGUUGAAAACGCUUAAUGCUAGUUGCAUAACAGAAAUAUAACUUUAUUACUAUUUCAUUUCUUUUUAAGCUAUUUUUUUACAAUGUUGCCAUUAUUUAUAUUCAAUUUUAUGGUCUAGAGCCCUAAAUGAGAGACAAGAAGCAAAUAGUAUUCCUUUGAUGGGCUUUGCUUUCUUAAGUAACCUCUUUUUACUCAGCAAUAUCAUGCACAUGUUUUAUCCAAAGUUUUUGACCAAUAGCCAUUCCAAUAUAGCCUCAAUUUCAGAGUACAUAGAUAAUUUGUAAUGUGCAUCCUCAAGACACAGGCAAAAAUGCAACUUGGUAAGGUAUUUGUUUUAGAUUUAUACUCCUUUGAAGCAAACAAUUAAUACUAAUUUUAAUGUCCAGUAUUUAAAACAUUGCAGAAAAUAAAUGUAAAAAUUGGACAUGAAAUACAGGUUUUACACAUUUUAUUUUAGAGUUUUCUUAUCAGUUUAUCCUCCUACACUGAAUGCGGAUUUAGUUAAGCAGUAGGUUUGUGUAAUGGUUUUUGGUUCAGUGCUUUCACUGUACAUUCUGUUGCUGGCAAUGGAGUGUUCGCCUUUGAUGUGUAAAGUGUUUAUGUUUUAAUUGAGGGGGCAGGAUUGCAGAAAACAAAUAUAACAUGAAACUUUAGAAAGAAUUGUAACAAAAGAACUGUAACAUGAAGAGACCAUGAUGACCUCAUAAGGUAAUAUUGAGUUCAGCACUGUACAAAUAUAUCAAAUGCCUGCCAAAGGGGCACGUUAUUAAUUCAAGCUUUCAUCUAGGGUCAACUGAUGUUCACUUUAACCAUCACUCUAGGUAAAAUGCACUAUAUAAUAUGUAGGGGAAAGAAGCCUGCCAUUGGGCAGUAUUUGCAAGGAAGGAGAAUUUGUUUAAUUAGAGCAAGAUGCAGCCCUCUUGCACAGGAGCUCUUCUCCACUCACGUUCAGCUCGAAUCAAUGCCAUACAUACCUGGGAUCCAGAUACAGGCUGGUCUACAAAGUUCACCACUGCUCUAAUUUGACGAAGUCAGUCAAUAGGUGCAUAACCUGCAUGCUCCUGUUUGAAGCUAGGAGACAUUCCAUCUUCUCCAAACAGCGGCAAGGUGGUGGCAGCAGCCGUUGCAUGAGGGGUGAGACUUCUUGGAGCCGAAGAAUGCCUGGAACUUGCCAGAAAUCAAUUGUGUGGCAAGGAUUGGGUAUUGCUUUGUGACCAUCCCUCCAUAAACCAAACAAUGGGUUAUUCUUGGGUUUUUGAAAAUUAUUGAACUUGGAUGAAUUAGUAAUAACCUGCUGCAACAACGAUUAUCCCACUGGCUAUAAGUAAUUGGAUCUUGUCUAACUGCACCCUUUUGUCCUUGGUGCAGGAGUCAAGACAGUGGGGUAUUGAUCCUGGAAAGAUAAAACGUUUACAGGCAAUCUUAUGCCUUUUUGAUAGUGCUAAAGGAGUUCUUUGCAUGAAGGUCACACAUUUGGCAUUACAAAUUUUACUUGUUCUCCAGGUAAUAAAGCAACAAAUCAUUAGAAAGUCAGUAUUUAUAUGCAGUUUUGCUAUUUCUAGUCUGUGAAAACAAUAAAGGGUACCUGAUUAGACAAAGCACAUGAAACAGAUGCAUCCCUCUUUGAAGUACCCUGAAAGGGCAUACUUGGUGUCAAAUAUUGCUCAGUUGUUCCUGUUAAAGUACUUACAGAUACUUAUAUAGGUUCUUAUAUUUUGGCCUGCAGGGCAAAUGGUAACUCUGAAACAAGAAGGGUGGAGUUGGGUAAAUUAUACAGCGGAAAGAAUUCAAGACCCUUUUACUGGGCCUCGCACCACUUUAGGCUGCGAUUUCCACUUUAAAAAUGUGGGUGUCCCUUAAUAGAUCUCCCAACUUCACCAGUUUGUCCAUAAGUGUAUCAGUUGAUACUAGAUCUACAGCCACAGUAACCCACUGUUCUCCACUCUAUCAUGCAAAUAGCAACUCCAGGAGCUGAGAUUAGGCAAAUAGUGCAUAUAGAAAGAGUUAAAGCCACCAUUUCCCACAUCGUGGCUGUACUCUGAUUCAUGCACACCAAGAACUGCUAUUUCCACUUAAAACAGGAAAUCAGUUCAUAGAUCCUGUGAUGUCACACCAAGUCUGGGCUUCAGCAUCAGCAAAUGAUGGACACCUCCAAAUGAGAAUGGUAGGAAGUUCAGUCCUGGAUGGAGAGGGUGUGAGAAUUAUUUGUCUGCCUACAUGCUGCCUAACAAUGCAACAUUUGUAACUGACACAGUCACAUCUGGGUAAAGCUUGUGUGCUCCAAAGUCAGUUCUGUCAGAUCUGAUCCAGGAUGAGAUACAAGUGUCAGCAGUUCAAGCAAAACAUUACUGAGCAGAUAUUCAGAGGCAGAAGUGAUCCCCACCUCCUACUUACCUCAUAGCAAAUAACAUCAGUGAGCCCUGAAUUCUACGUCACGAAACCAAUGGACACAGGUCAAAAAGAGAGCCGGUAAAUUUUUAUGAAAUGACCAUAGUAGUUUCAGCCCUAGCUUACCAGAUCAAUUCCCAAAUAUAUACAACUUCAGCCCACUCUUUACAUAUGCUUACACAUGCUCUUGACUACACACGCUUUGACUUGAAUGCUACACAGCCUCUGGUGUGAAUCAAGUAGAUGCCUUAAGGCACAAUCCAGCAAUUAUCCCUAAAAACCAGUUAAUUUCAGUGGAGUUUAGGUACUUAACUGUUUGCUUAUUGUGUGCGCCCAUUCCUUAGGAAUGUCGGCUUCAGUGGGAUUGAGGUUGACUUCCCCCCCUCGUUAAUAACAACCUUUAGCAUGUGAGUGUCAAAAAAAAUGAUGUAACUUGUUUCCAAGAACUGUGAAGCUAUUGAAAAGGCGUGAACUUGUCUUUUGUGUACAGCAGUUGUCCUUUUCCUCAAGGGAAAUUUUGUUGUUGAAUCUGAUGGAGGUUUCCCAAAUAAUCUGAGACAGGCUUUGGGGACAGCUGUCCAAGUAAAAGAUCCCACUGGGCUAACUCAAGCCCUUGCACAAUUCCUUGGGUCCCUGCCGCUGAGUAUUGCUAAUAAAGUAUAUAUGCUGCUAGAUAUUAUGGCAAAGAAUAGCUUUAAAGUAUCUUACAAAUUGUACAUGAAGUACUAACCAGUAACUAUGUAUAAAAUAUAAUAUUUGCUUUGUAAUAUAUUGCAAAAUGGUACCACAUUGUUUCAGUGUUGGACACGAGCCAAUGGUGAGGUAUUUCUAGAGUCAACAAACAGAUAAUAGCUGAAUGUGUUGCUAGGUGGACCAGAUUUUGCUUCUGAUUCAACUUGGAGAAAGCAGAAGUAAUUGUAAAACAGGAGGAAGAGGACCUAGCAUAUAACCACUAAAGUUAAUUAAAUAUUUUCUAACCUUUAAUAGUACGAAUGUUAUAACCUGAGCCAUAAAAGUUUGUAUUUAUGUCUAAAAUAAACUCUGAAAAAUGUUUUUAAAAACCCUUAUGAAUAAACAAGCCUUCAAAACUGUA